AUGUUGCCAGAAAACUAUUCUACCCGGCCAGUUGCCGUCUUAGGAGGCGGUGUACUGGGAAGGCGCAUCGCUUGCAUUUGGGCAUCUGGUGGAUAUGACGUCCAGAUUCGGGAGCCAGAUCAGAACCAGCAUGAGCCCUGUCUCGAUUACAUCAAAGAGAACGCUGAAAGUUAUCCUGGUGCUGGAAAAAAGCCCGUUGGAACCGUCAGAGUAUCCCAAGACCUUGCCGUGGCAGUCCAAAAUGCAUGGCUAGUCAUCGAGGCAGUUCCUGAAAAGAUUCAGCUCAAAAUAGACACCUUUUCAGAACUCGAAACACAUGCCCCUCAGGAUGCCAUCUUGGGCAGCAACUCGUCGUCAUAUAAAUCUUCCGAAAUGCUUGGGAAGCUCAAGGACGAGACAAAGUCGCGAGUCCUGAACACGCAUUACUACAUGCCUCCCCUGAACAUGGUCUGUGAGCUGAUGACAGAUGGCUUUACGGACCCAGACAUCUUCCCUUUUCUCAUGGAUAGACAGAGGGAAGUGGGUACAAAGCCAUUUUUCGCGAGAAAAGAAUGCACAGGGUUCAUCUUCAACAGACUCUGGGCCGCGAUAAAAAGGGAGACGCUAGCUAUUCUCGCUGAAGGAGUGUCUACGCCAGAGGAAAUCGACACUCUGUCUUUAGAAUUGACAAAGGCUUGGGGAGGACCUUGUAGAUUUAUGGAUGUCAUUGGGUUGGACACUGUUGCCCUCAUCGAAGACCAUUACAUCAAGGAGCGUGGGCUAUCUACUGAUACGGUGGACUUUUUGCGUCGCGAGUAUAUCGACAAAGGUAAGCUUGGCGCGAAAUCUCCCCAUGGUGGCUUUUAUCCUCCUCAAUCUAAUGGCGUCACGCUGGACUCGAGCGCGGCACCUGAGGCACUGGAGGCACCAAACGUUGUCGCUCAAGCAUAG